GGCAGAGAUUCUGAAAUACUUCAGAGGAUCCGAAUUGCAAAACUUCUUUACAAAGGUUCUGGAGGAUGAGAUCAAGGCCGUGACAAAGCCUCAAUACGUGGACCAAAUUCCUCGAAGUAUCAAAGUCCCAAAUAUGACAGUGGCCAAGAUGUUCGAUCGACAGACCGAGCUGCCGAAUCGAGAUCAGCUAGAGACGGAUCUGGAGCUCAAGGGAUUACAGGACAGAGAGGUUGGACAGUUAUCCGGUGGAGAACUACAGCGUUUCGCCAUUGCCAUCGCCAGUGUGCGAAAUGCCGAUAUCUACAUGUUUGACGAGCCAUCCUCUUAUCUCGACAUCCGUCAACGUCUCGCCGCGGCUCGAGUCAUCCGUGGAUUGGUCACGGCAACCAACUAUGUCGUUGUUGUCGAACACGACUUGGCCACACUGGAUUAUCUCUCUGAUUUCAUCUGUGUCUUAUAUGGUGUCCCUGGUAUCUAUGGUGUCGUCACCAUGCCCUACUCUGUUCGUGAAGGAAUCAACAUCUUCCUCGAUGGUAUGAUCCCUACCGAAAACCUUCGCUUCAGAGAAGAAUCUUUGACCUUUAAAAUAUCUGAAAACGCCGACGAGCUGCAAGCUGUCCACACUCAAGCUUACCACUACCCGGCCAUGACCAAGACCCUUGGAGGUUUCAAACUUCAGGUCGAACCUGGUGACUUUGCGGACUCUGAAAUCAUCGUUCUGCUGGGAGAGAACGGUAUGGGCAAGACGACCUUGGUUCAGCUGCUGGGAGGAAAGCUGGAGCCGGACGAUCCGAAAGACAAGGUUGAGAUGAGGGUCUCAAUGAAGCCUCAGACAAGUGAGCGUUCGGUCUGGGGUGGUGCUCAUAGGUCAGUAUCACCGAAAUUCCCUGGUACCGUCAGAAUGCUUCUGAUCAAGCGAAUCAAAUCCAUGUUUAUGCACCCCCAAUUCAAUUCUGAUGUUCUCAAACCGAUGAAUUUGGAAGGAAUUAUGGACCAGGACGUGCAGACAUUGUCCGGAGGAGAAUUGCAACGAGUCGCCAUCUGUCUGGUGCUCGGUGUUCCCGCCGAUGUUCUUCUGAUCGAUGAGCCGUCUGCCUACUUGGACUCUGAGCAACGUAUCCACGCCAGUAAAGUCAUCAAGAAAUUCGUCAUGAGCUCGAAGAGGACUGCCUUUAUCGUCGAGCACGAUUUCAUCAUGGCUACAUAUCUCGCAGACAGAGUCAUCGUCUUUGAAGGUCAACCAGCUGUCUCGUCCACUGCCAGAACGCCCGAAGGCUUAUUGACAGGAAUGAACAAGUUCUUGAGAUCAUUGGACAUUACCUUCCGUAGAGAUCCAACAAACUACCGUCCGCGUAUCAACAAGAUGGAGUCACUCAAAGACAAGGAGCAAAAACAAUCUGGAUCAUACUUCUUCGUCGACACUGACUAGACGUUUGCGCAUGAAGAAGACAUCUAAAAGGAUCAGACAGCAAGGUAGUUUGCAGCAUAUUGGACUGUGGCUUGUACAUCAUGCAUUCGAUAAUUUGACC